CACCUAGGGGUGAUGUUCUGUAUUGCCCCCUUCUUUCGUGGCAUGGAGCAUCUUUGCAGGAAACUGCAGGUUUUAUCUGCUCUGCUUUGAUCGCAGCGGCUUCCCACUCACACAGAUUACAGUCAGUCAGUCAGUGUGAUGAAUGACAGAGCUGUGGGCAGAACUGGACCUUAACAUGAGGAGCAGAAGAGAGGGAAACACGUAAACUGAGGAAGAGGAGGAGGAAGAGGAGGAGGAGAGAGAGAGAGAGAGAGAGCCGGGGAGGAAGCCAAAGAGAAAGAAGGAGAGAGGGAGCUUCCUUUGCAGUUGCACGCAGACACCUGACAGGUGAGAGAUCAAAUCCCACAUACUCUGGCUCCUAAAUUUGCAGAUGCCGACAGAUGUGCCUGAAGACAGACUCAGUGCCGAGGAGACUGUGCAUAAGUGUGACAGUAUGACUCUGUCCAGCACCCCGACCGUCCGCAGAGGAAGCACUCCUCUGCCGCUGAAGCACCAGCUCCGGCGAGAAGAAGCUGUCCACGAUGAUGGAGACUGGACCUCAGGUGCAGCUGGACCUUCAGCUUCUCCAAAUAGUUUCAACUCUGCCUUGGAUGACAUUCCAACUUUGGCUUUGGAGGGCCGACCCGACGGGCCUCUCAGGAUCGCCUUGUUGGGGCAGAACGGCGUGGGGAAGUCUUCUCUGGCCAUCGCCCUCGCCGGUGACCUGGACCGAACUGCUUCUGUGGAUUCUGAGGGGGAGGGUUAUGUGCGCACAGUCAUGGUGGAUGAUGAGGAGAGCACCAUCAUUAUCUAUGACAACUGGAGACAGGAUCUGUCAGCCCUGCAGUGUGAGGUGUGUGUCCUGGUGUUUUCAGUGACUGACAGGCGCAGCUUCCACCGAACCGCUCAACUCCGUCUCCUCCUGAGAGAGACCCAGCCCCACACUCCCAUAAUCCUCGUUGGCAACAAGAGCGACCUGGUCCGCACACGUGAGGUCACCUGUCAAGAGGCUAUGUCCAGCGCUGCUCUUUUCAACGGUCUCUACGUGGAGAUCUCCGCCUCCCUGGACCAUCGCACUCUGGAGCUCCUGGAGUGUGCCGUGCGACUAGCAAGAGGCCAGACCCCGUGGCCCCCGGGGGCCAGUGCAGAGGACAUGAGCGGAGGUCAACGAGAGAGCAUCACCUCACGGGCCAAACGUUUCCUGUCCAACCUGAUGCCGCGGUACCCGCGGGAGCGCGAAGUGGGCAGGUUCCUGAGACAGAAGUCCAGAUCCUGCCAUGACCUGGGGGCGUUGUGAUCAAGGAAGCAACAGUUUGGUAGUUAGCAGAGAACUCAAAGUUUGCCAUCGGUGAGGAGGAAGGAGUGACACAACACUUAGUGGACAGAGAGGCGGAUGUGAGUGACAGAGGUGGUGCGAAGGUGCUGGAGUAAUAACAGGGUGUCAGUACUCUAUGUGGUGAGAGAUUGUCAUGCACAGUGGAGAGAGAGGAGGGAGACGAGCAGUACAAAAAGUCACUAAGGAUAUUUCUUUGAAUGAUGACACUGCAUUUUGUAACCAGGCCAAACAUAGUAAGUACUGAUGUAGAAAUAUGUAAAUAAGCUGUAGAAGUGAUAUUUAAUUGCCACCCUCAUAGUUUUGAGAGCUAAAUAAAUGGCUUUUUGAGUCUUGAGAAAA